GUGGAACCUCAACACAGCACAUUAUCAUGAUAGAGUCUGCAGAUGCAGAGGCUGCAGGUCCUGGAGGAUCAUCUCUGGUCAAGCAGGAGAAGACUGAAAGAGAGGACCCACGACACAGCAGAGACACUGAGACUGGAGUGGCUGGAGCGCCGCCUGUAGCCCCGGAGGACCCCACCACCGCCCCAGCGCUGCCCAGGUCCCGAUGCAGCAUCGGGUCAGUGGAACACCGAACGCCGUCAGAGAUGGACACUGAGACUUUAAUUGAAACACACAGGCUCUUAAACAAAGGAUAUGACCACAGAUCAGACCCAGAGAGUCUGGGCUGUCCUCCUGCUCCCAGCUCAGACUACUUACCGGUAUUUCACCAGAGCCAGAGGUCAGUUUAUUCCCGUGAAGAGGGUGAUGGUGAUGGUGACGCGUUAGACACUAGCGGUGAUGACCUGUCUUGUUCUUACACUACAGAGAUGGACGCUGGCAACAUGCCCUUGGGUUUAGAGACACAGACUGAUCUGUCUACAGGGGACUGGAACCGGUACAGUAGUAGUGUAUACUCUGAAGGGUGCCUAGAUAAGAAAGUGGAGGUUAUAGUGGUAGAUGAGGUGACUGUGAAAGUGGAGGGCGACACUCCUCCCACAUGGAAUGCAGAUAGUCACCUAGGAGACGGACAGUCACAGGGCAGAGAUUUCUUAGAUUACAGGGAAAGCUUAGAGACAAAUCUAAAUGUUGUGACCCACUCCCCUUUACAUUCGCUCAGGGAUUGCGACCCAGUGUCCACGUCGGUGGGGCCUUCCAAUUCACACGGCCGCAUCCUUUUCGAUCAGGUAUUGAACUCAAACGACAGGGCUAGAGCCCAGGCUCAGGGAGGGGGAGCCACAUCAGGCAAUAGUAAAGAGAAACGGUUCCUCUGCAUGUUCUGUAACAAAGGCUUCAGCUGCCUACAGAAGGUGGAGAUCCACCAGAAGGUCCACACAGGGGUGAAACCCUACAGCUGUACCCAGUGUCAUAUGCGCUUCGCCCAGGCUCGUGACCUGAAGAGGCACCAGAGGGUCCACACAGGGGAGAAACCUUACAGUUGCCCCCAGUGUGAGAAAAGGUUCUCCCGCCAGGACAAUUUGAAGAUACACCUGAAGGUCCACACGGGAGAGAGGCAGUUCACCUGUACGCACUGCGGGAAGAAGUUCACAGAGAGGAGCUACCUCAGGAUACACCAGCAGAAAAACCAUCCCACUCUAUUAACAUAGAAAGUAACCAUUCCACGCGAUAGCUUCUGAGUUUAGAUCAAAACUGCAUUAAAGGGUUUGUAGCAUUAACAUAACCACAUGUAACAUGGAUUUGCAUUAGUAUACGCAUCAAAAGUCCCAAUGCAAAGUUACUUAGAGUUAUUACAUAAAACCCAUCAGAAUGCCGGAAAAUGUUUUUGCGGGGUGUGACGUAAUAUGGAGGACCCAGGCAAGCCAUAAUGUAAACUCCAACAGAAAUAACUUCAAAUGUAUAACAUGUUUACACUCUUGACUACUGGUUUCAAUUACAUUUUCAGCCAACUGACAAGCAAAUACUUUAUGAAUUUAUUGUUACAAAUCAGCUUGCAAGGUUGCUAGCCAACUAGCCUGCUAACGUCAGUGGUGUAAAGUACUUAAGUAAAAAUACUUUAAAGUACUACUUAGGUAGUUUUUUGGGUAUCUGUACUAUACUUUACAUUUCUGACAACUUUUACUUACAUUUUCCCUGACACCCAAAAGUACUAGUUACAUUUUGAAGGCUUAGCAGGACAGGAAAAUUGUCCAAUUCACACACUUAUCAAGAGAACAUCCCUGGUCAUCCCUACUGCCUCUGAGCUGGUGAACUCACUAAACACGAAUGCUUUGUUUGUGAAUGAUGUAUUAUGGAGAGUGCCCCUGGCUAUCCGUAAAUUUUAAAAACAAGAAAAAUCAGUGCAAGCAAGCCGUUUUUGCCGCCAGAAUGGCCAACGCUACCGAAAAUGUUGUGGACUUUUUGUUGAAGAAUCCCUUUCAUUCUCUGGGGUACACAGAAAAGGUGCGAAUUAAAACCGAGGGUCGACCUCUGCCUGAGAACAGUUUCAUGAAGAAGGAUGAAAAGGUGAGGGCGUUCAAUACCAAUUGGUAUCAAAAGUAUAGCUGGUUAACAGGGAGCCUUUCAUCAAGUGGCCUGUAUUGCUGACCUUGCCUGCUUUUUGUUAAGUCAGAGCCUUGGGGGGAAAGGGGGUACAGUGACCUGAAGAACAUUGGUCGUUCAGCAAAACGGCAUAACAAAAGCAGGGAGCAUAUAAAUGCCCACAUCAGAUUCAAGCUUCUGGGAAAAAGCCACUUCAAUCAUGUAAUGACCUCCUUCAAGGUCUAUGUGUUCAAACUGCGCAACACAAGUAAGAAGAAACAGGGAUGUUAUCAAGCGGCUUAUCGACCCCACUGCAUUUUUGGCCAUACAAUAAUUGCCGUUUAGAGGACACGAAGAGAGGGAAAGUUCCACUAACAAGGACAACUACAAGGAACUUGCAGAGGUAAUUGCACGUUACGAUGCUUUACUUGCUUAACAUAUGGAACUUUCGACUGUCUUUGCUUGGAUGUCGAAAUCAAUUCAGAAUGUUUUGAUAGCUUCCAUCGCAUCAUCCAUUAAAAGUGAGAUUAAAGAGAGAGGUUGACGCAGCACAUUUUUCCCGCACUCGCUCAAGUAGCCUUUCCACUUUCCUUCUGUAUUUAUUUAGCAAAGGUGAUAACACAAUCACUCCGGACAGACACAAACAAGUCUGAUCAACUGUAGGCUACUAAUAAUAACAGCUGCAAACAGCCUAUGCACCCUGUCCAUCUGGUCAGGGUAAACAAAUUGUUAACGUUAUGGACAGUUACCAGUCAAAAGUUUGGACACACCUACUCA